AUGCUGGAUCGUUGGAACAAAACCGUUUUGCUCUUUGGAUGCCUGGCUUGUCUGGUGGUGACCUCUCUUGUAAAUGCUGACGGUCGAGUGUUUGUGUUGGACCUGAGGAACUCCUCCGGCCUGCAGGGCUUCAGAGAUGCUGAGUUGGCUUGUGCGUCUCAACAAGCCCGCUUGGCAUCAGCGGAGGAGCUCCAUCAUGCUGUGGUGAAGUGCUUCUUCUCCCCAUGCACCCGUGGGUGGCUCUAUGGAGGCACAGUGGGGACCACGGUGUGUAAUGUUGUGGGCAGUGCACUGAAAGCUGUGGAUGUGAGAACAGAAAACGCCACUGAGGACGCUGCACAUCUGGACGCCUUCUGCAUCAAAGACAAAGGUGUGCCGUGCGGUGACCCUCCAUCCUUUCCUAACGUCCGUCUGCAAGGGCACACUGGGUAUGACAUGGGAGACGAGCUGCUGUACACCUGUGUGCCAGGUUAUGUAAUGCCCAGUGGACACAGUGCCUUCAGCCUGCUGUGUGACAGCUGUGGAGAGUGGUAUGGACUAGUGGAUAUGUGUGUCCAAGAUGAGACUGAAAGUCACGUGGACUACGAGGACAAGUUCACCGAUUUCUAUGGAGAGGCAGAGCGCCACAGCCAGAGACCAGAGGAGGCUCAUGGUGAGGUGUACGAGGAGGUGCACGGAGCUGCAUACCCGGAGGAGGGGAGGAGUCAGGAGCAGCAAGAAACGAGCUUCAGUGUCGAAAUAGAGAGGGAGCAUCAAGACCAACACGGCGUUGAAGGAGAGCAGAUUGGGAGAAAAUUUGAAGGAGCUGUAAAAGGAGGAGAAAAAGACGAGGACCGGGCUGUUGAGGACUUCGUAGACCAUCCAAGUACGGAGCAGGAGAGAAGGGAGUCCGUCAAGACUGAUGCAGCCACAGAGGCUCCUGUCUCUCUUCUCUCCCCAAAACACCUCUUCUGGUUCCCCUCUGAGGCCUUCCAUGAGGAGGGACAUCCUGUCUCCACCGAUCCAGUCACCCAGACUACACAGAGAGCCUCAGGCGCCCAAUCAGAGGAGAGCAAAGAGCAGGAAAGCCAAGAAACGCACCAUCACCAGCGUCCAGUUGAUGUUGACGAUCACGAUGACGAGCGAGACGGCUACGAUGAUCAAGACACAGAUGACAGAGAUGAUCACGAUGACAGAGAUGAUCACAAUGACAGUGACCAUGAAGAACUGGAUGCCCACGACGACAGUCACCAUGAUGAUCAAGAUGACCAUGACAGUCACCAGGACAAAGAUGACGAUCGUGUGGAGCAUUACAUUCCAGCCCAGCAUGAGGAUCUGGACAGACGUAACCGCCACUACGAUCACGAUGAUCACGAUGACCAUUAUGACAUGGGUGAACACGAAGAGGGCCACGAUCGUGUUCGCGGCCAGGAGUAUGAUGAUACUUACGAUGAACAUGAAAGCAAAGAAGAACAUGACGAUGUGACCGACGACGGUGUUGACGAUGAUCAAGAACAUUCUGAUGGCUCUGAGCAACAUCCAGACCCUGAUGAUCACGCUGAUCACGCUGAUCACGAUGAUCACGCUGAUCACGCUGAUCACGAUGACCACGAUCAUGAACACGAUGAUCAUGAUCACGAUGAUCAUGAUCACGAUGACCACGACAGCUACGAUGAUCAUGACAGCCACAAAGAUGACAAUGACGGUCGUCAACAUGUAAUAUUUUCUAUAGCAGCGGAUGAACAUCACAACAUCACCCAGAAGGAGGCAGAAGGAGAGGCGGCCACAGAUGACACCUGGCUGGACGGCUACCCUGUCGUUCAAGAGGAAACAGAAAACGGUGAAGCCACGACAGAAUCGGUAAGACCAGAGGAUACAGAGAGGGGGACAGUUGUCAGGGCAACAGACAGACCCAAUGAGGUGGAAAUUCGUGGACCGCUCCCUUACACCGGCCUACCAGAGGUGGCCGAGUCUCCCACCACAAAGCCUGCCUUAAAUCAAAGGGGACAAGAGGAUAUGUGGCCUGGAUUCAUCCCCAACGCUGCCCCCUCGCAAACCUCAGACUCUCCCUCAUACUCCGACACCCUGGACCAAGACACUCAACAGGCGGCUCCCACCCACUUCUGGCAGGGCGACCUCACCGAGCACCCCUUCCUCGACCACGGGCCAGUUCCACCAAUGCGUGAUGGUGAGGACGUAGUGAUGGAAGAGCACACUGUACACAAUCUGCCUGGUGAAAUCGGCGAGAGGGGUGAGGUAGAGGGAGAGAUGGGGGAGGCGAUCUGUACAGGAGACAACUGCCCUCCUCUUCCUCCGAGCUCCUCCAGCCGAGGUCCCACGGUGGCAGCCAUAAUUGUGGCGUUGUGUGCAGUCGCCACGGCGGUUGUUGUCGGGGUGUGGUGUUACCGACGGCAACAGCAGAAGAGCUCAGUGUACGAGAUGAAUGGGAAGGGCCAAAGUCAGAUCAGACAGGGCCAACAAAUAGAGAUGCAGCAAAAAGUGUAA